AAGAAACUUACGUAAUAAGCAUUUGCAAAAGAAAUAAUCUUUCAGUACCAACUUAUUUUGUGCUGGCUUUGAAGCAUUAAAUAAUAUGACUACUUCUUUUGACAUGCACUAUCCAGAAUGGGAUGUUCUUCAUGGCGAUCCAGCCAUCGAGUUGAUGCGAGUUCGACGAGAAUUGGCGAGCGCUGAUGCGGAUCUCGAGGCGAAACGUUUGGAGUACAAUGCAAGGCGACAAGAAGCUGACGAGCUUUGGAACGAUUUGCGUGAGAAGCAACGUCAAUUGAGGCAAUCGUUCAUCAUGUUCGAUGAUUUCGUCAAAGAGAAUCGCGAAAAACGCGAACGCGCUGAACGGAAAAUAAGAGACGAAAAAGAUCGCCAGAAGAUUCGAUUGGCCGAGAUAGAGGAAUUGGAAAAAAACUUGGAUUACAUGGAAAAGGCACGCGACAAGAUGAAGGGUUUCGUGGAGGAAUACAAGCCGUUUCAAAAGUAUCUAGAAUCGGUGCUGGAGACGAACGAGUUCCAGUCUAUCGCCGAGAUCUUCAACCGUUACGACACCUUGAUCGCUGCUCGAGCAGCUCUAGUCGAGAAUCAAGACGAGAGCCUGCAGACGCUCGAACGUACGAGCGCUCAUAUGCAAAGGAUGACGGAGGACAAGUCGCAAAGCCUGAUGGACUUGAACGGGCGCCAGGCACAGCUGCAAAGCAGACACGAACGCGCCAGAGCAAAAGCGUUGCACUGGGAGAACGUGGUCGCUCGCGUUAAGGAAGUCACCGCGCAGCAGGAGCUGGAGGAGACUCAGGUGCGCGCUUGCAUCUGGAACCUCUACCGUCAGAUAUGCAAGCGCAAAGGCGUGCCCACCGAAGCGAGCCGCGACGAUCUCGAGCAGCAGCUUCUCCACGUGAAGCGCACAAUUGUGGAGCUCGGCAAGAUUGUGCGCGCGGCCAAGCACAAGGCCAGUCGCGAAGCCAAGGACCUCGCUGCGACCGCUCGGCAGAAAGAUAAUCUACAGGCGCAAGCUCGCCUGCUCGAGAAGCAAGAUACAAAGAGCAGCUUCAGAAGUAGCGUCGACACUCUUACGACUGUUCGCAGCGUUUGGAGGCACUAGGCGUGCCUUUGCGCUCGGCUCAUCCGUCGUCGACUUUGUUUUAACAGAGUUUUGGGGUUUGAUCAUUGCUAAAUUGAGUAAACUGACAAAGAUGAAGAAAAUUACAAAGUACAUUGAGUGAUGCAUUUAUUAAGAAACAUUUUCCAUUUUGUACAGCAAAGACACACGUGCAA